GAGAGUCUCUCGGGAGGCUGGAUUAGCCACAAGUUGUGGUGAACCAGGGUAAAUUUGGUGUGCCUCUUACUCUUCUCUUUACAUCUCUUUUAAAUUUUUUAAUUCCUGCGAUUUCUACGAUCAAACGCUAUUCACCCCCCCUCUAGCGUUGGUCUAUUAUUCUAACAAUUGGUAUCGGAGCCUAACUCGCGUCCAAACUUAACUGUUCGAGAGUAAAGCGAUCAUGGGUUCUUCUUCUAGAAAUCUUUAUGCAGGAAUUGGAGAAGGUCAAUCAACCUCUAGGCCACCGCUUUUUGAUGGCAUCAACUACACAUAUUGGAAAGGGCGGAUGAGAAUUUAUAUCCGCUCAACCAACUUCCAGUUGUGGUUGGUCAUCAAAAACGACGAAGAAACGCCAAUGAAGAAGGUCGAUGAAAAACUCGUCCCAAAGAACGAAGACAAAUUUGAUGCCAAAGACAUCAAAAAGGUGGAGAACUACGCCAAGGCAAUCAACAUGCUGUACUGUGCAGUCAAUCCUGAUGAUUAUCGCAAGAUCUCUUGCUGCACCAUUGCAAAAGAAAAGUGGGACAAGCUGGAAGUCACAUAUGAAGGCGAAAAGAUCGAUGACAUGUUCGAUCGGUUCUCAAAGAUCAUCAACGACCUUCACGCUCUCAAGAAGACGUACGCCAACAAGGACCUUGUGAGGAAAAUCCUGUGGAGUCUCACACCCGAAUGGAGAUCAAAGGCUGACGCAAUCUACGAAUCCAUCGGAGUCUCCAAUGUCACCAUCGACGGGCUAAGAGAUUCAUUAGAGAGAAUACACUUCGAAGACGAUGAAGAGAACACAGGAAUAUACACCAACACGCAGCCGCAAAUUGGAGAGACACCUCAAGAGACUAACCAAGGUGAAGAAGAAAAUCAAGAGGAAGAAGAAGAACAAGAGGAACACGAAGAAGAAGCAACCGAGCUUCCCAUUGCAUGGAGAACGAACAAGAAUCAUCCGCUUGACCAGAAUGGAGAUAGCUUGCCAAUAAAGAAGAUAGGCGAUGCACUUAUCCCGAAGGACGAGGAUGAAUAUGAUGAAGCCGAUCUUAAGAAGGCUCAAUUGAAUGCCACCGCCAUCAACUUCUUGUAUUGUGGUGUCAAUGCCAACGAUUAUCAAAAGAUAUCUCGUUGCCAAACCAACAAUCAAAUGUGGAACAAGCUCAUGAUCACAUACGAAGGUACGCCUCAAGUUCGUGAAUCAAAAAUUGAUUUACUAACCCAUGAAUAUGAGUUAUUUGCUAUGAAAGAGAACAAACUUGUGGAGGACAUGUUUGGAAGAUUUUCAAACAUCGUCAACGACCUUGAUAUGCUUGGAAAGACACUCACCGACAAAGAGUUAGUGAGAAAAAUUCUGCGAAGUCUUACCAAGGAAUGGGAGUCGAAGGUUAACUCCAUUUACGAAGGCCGAGAUUACAACGUCAUCACAUACGACGGUCUUCGAGGUAACCUUAUCACUUACGAAACAAAUCGUCUUUCUCAUACUCUUGACGUUAAGAAGAGAACGGGAAUUUCUUUUAAAGCAUCUUCUUCUCACAAAGUAGAGAUUGGUGAUUCAGAUUCGGAUAGUGAUAGUGAUUCUAGCACUUCCUAUGAUAUUUUGGUUGAAUGUUUUAACGAGUUUUUGAAACAUGAGCAAAACAAGAGCAAGAAGAAAAUCACCCCAAAAUGUCACAAGUGCGGAAAGCUUGGCCACCAAAAAUUUGAGUGCCCGAAGCUCAAGAAGAUUAGAAAACAAGAUGAAUUCGCGUAUUUUUCGUGGAAGUAUGAUGAACCUUCCAAAGACGAUUGCCUCAUCGCUCUUGAAGAACAAGAUGGGUGGUCGGAUACCUCAGUUUUGGGACUGACCCUGGUAAAGGUCUCUGAAGCAUUGUAUCAUAGGAUGCACUUCCAUGUCCGCAUGGAGCCUUUGGAGCUCUGCGGUAAUACUGGCCAUAAUGAUACACUUUACAUCUCGCGCGUCGUCCUCAUACUUCUUGAAGGAAGUGAGUUUGGACGCACGAGCAUUAGCAUCAGGGGUCUUGGGAGGAUCCGUUUCGAGGAUGUAGAGUUUCCUCUCACAGUUAAGAACGAUUCGGAGGUUCAUCUCCCAGUCAAGAAAGUUGGUCCCGGAUAACUUGUUGUUUUCCAGGAUGUAAGGCAGACUCUGGAUCGCGACCCAUUUAAAAAUAUUUUUAGAGUAAUGCGGAAGUACAAUAAUAAUCAAAUCAUGACACAUUUUAAAAUCUGAUGAUCAAACAUUUGCCUGCGAUCCUUGCAUCUCCUCUGACUCAAUGCCCUCCGGGAAUGGUUCCAUCAGUGUCUUCUUGUUACCUACGUGUAGUCAACGAAAAAUACAAACUACACGCUCAGCGAAACCGCUGAGUGGUACCAUGCUAGAAUUGUAGAAUGAUUCACAGACAUAUACAUAUACAUAUGUAUACGUCCACAAAAUGUAUAGUAACAUUCAUGAUAUGGCACAUAUUAUCAUAUGGUCAAUUUGAUGAAUCAUGAUGAUAAAUAUUUAAUGAUAAUUACAUGAUGGCACAUUUAAUCAAUUUGCUUGUGAGGA